UGACUUUGCAGUGGGUGGAGACAAGAUAGCAAGUUGAAUCGAAAUCUCAUUUUUGACAGCUAACAAAAAAAAUACUGUGUAACUUUAAACUUCAAUGAAUGCGUUGGUAUUUCGUACAGUUGCACCUACAUUGAGGCAUAUCGUUAAGGAGGUUCAUUCUAUCACGUCAAGCCUCUGGAAGGUUUCUGCGGAGAGUAUGCUCUGGAGCUUGUAAUGCUGCCUUAGCUGAAACGUUUCAGCUGCAGUGAAGAAAAGAAAAUACCUUUCCGUUUUAUCGAAACUCCCCGGUGUAUCGGCGCCUGGCUAGCGGGAGUCGAAGCAUGUUUGUGAGGUCAGAGAUCAAAUUGGACGUGGAGCUGUGAUGCGUGCGGCGAGCUGCAGGAUGAACGUGGCGGCGAUACUGAACGGCCUGCUGGUGUCGGUGGUGGCAGCACUGCUCUGGAAGUACGUGAGGCUAAGCGAGCACGCUGCAGUACUGGAGGAGGAGCUGCAGCUGACCCGCCAGUCCCAGGAGUUGUCCCAGGCCCGGAUAGACUACCACGCUGCUCUGCUGGCACUCCAGGAGUAUGGCACCCGUAUGGUCUGCACCGGAAAGAUGCACACUGAUCGCAUCUGCCGCUUCGACUACCUGUGCUACUGCACCGAGGCCGAAGAGUUUGUCUUCUUCCACAGCAACUCCUCCUUCAUGCUGCCCAACCUGGGGCCCCGGCGAUUCCAGCCAGCCCUGCUGGACCUGUCCUCUGUAGAGGAUCACAACACCCAGUACUUCAACUUCCUGGAGCUGCCCGCAGCUGCCCUCAAGUUCAUGCCCAAGCCUGUGUUCAUCCCUGACGUCACCCUCAUCCUCAACCGGUUCAAUCCGGAUAACCUGAUGCACGUGUUCCACGAUGACCUGCUGCCCAUCUUCUACACCAUGCGGCAGUACUCGGACCUGGACGAUGAGGCCCGCCUGGUCUUCAUGGAGGGCUGGGGUGAGGGCGCACACUUUGACCUCUACCGCCUGCUGAGCAGCAAGCAGCCACUUCUCAAAGAACAGCUGAGGAACUUUGGCAAACUUAUGUGCUUCACAAAGUCCUACGUGGGCUUGUCCAAGAUGACCACAUGGUACCAGUACGGCUUUGUCCAGCCACAGGGCCCCAAAGCCAACAUCCUGGUCUCUGGGAACGAGAUCCGGCAGUUUGCCUCAUCGCUGAUGGAGAAGCUCAAUAUCACCACGCGAGGAGAGAAGGAGAGCGCAGCGGAGGAAAAUAACGAGUACAUCGUAGUGUUCAGUCGCUCCAUCAACAGACUCAUCCUGAAUGAAGCGGAGCUGAUCCUGGCGUUAGCGCAGGAGUUCCAGAUGAGAGCGGUGACGGUGUCUCUGGAGGAGCAGACCUUCCCCAGUAUCAUCAAGGUCAUCAGCGGGGCCUCCAUAUUGGUCAGCAUGCACGGGGCCCAGCUGGUCUCCUCUCUCUUCCUCUCCCGGGGGGCCGUCGUAGUGGAGCUCUUCCCCUAUGCGGUCAACCCAGAGCAGUACACCCCUUACAAAACCCUGGCCUCUCUACCAGGCAUGGACCUGCAGUAUGUGGCCUGGAGGAACAUGGUGGAGGAGAACUCUGUGGCCUACCCAGAGAGGCCCUGGGAGCAGGGAGGUAUAGCCCACCUGGAUAAGGAAGACCAGGAGCACAUCCUGGCCAGUAAGGAAGUGCCCAGACACCUGUGUUGCCGCAACCCAGAGUGGCUCUAUCGCAUCUACCAGGACACCAUAGUGGACAUCCCUUCUUUACUAGAGGCUCUCAGAGCGACAGUGAAAACCAGGCCCAACCUGAAGAAGGCCAAGCCUGCCAGCACGGUCCACCCAGGCCAGGUCAGAGAGCCCCAGUGCCAGACGUCGGUCCAGGCCACCAACGAGGCCAUGCUGACUGUGUCGUGGCAAAUCCCCUGGAACCUCAAGUACCUGAAAGUCAGGGAGGUGAAGUACGAAGUGUGGAUCCAGGAGCAAGGAGAGAACACGUACAUGCCUUAUAUUCUCCCCCACCAGAACUAUACCUUCUCUGAAAACAUCAAACCCUUUACGACGUACCUGGUGUGGGUGCGCUGCAUCUUUAACAAAAACCUCCUGGGGCCCUUUGCAGAUGUACUCACGUGCAGGACAUAAUUUGAGUUGAUAUUUACAGUUUCGAGAAUGUGACUGCUUGUUCCAGAUGAUCAGAUGUUGGGGCUUUGGAUUAUUGAAGGUGAUGCUAGAAAGGUUCUGUAUAAUUUCAGCCAGUAGUUUUGAAAGUAGCGCUCACGAGACAAAAUGGGUCCCGGAAAAUGGUGCACAAUUGUAUACGACGUCAUUCAUUUUGUAUGACAUGUUACGUCCUGCACGAUAAAUGUAUGUUUCCUGCAAUUCGUAUGAUAUGUUAUGAAUUUGCAAGUGCUUUGAAUGGGAUCUUAAUCUCUUUUUAAAAGGAACUUCUGUGAUUGAGGAUUGUCUCCGAUUUGAGGAUAGUUGAUAUGAUGUAAUCUGUAUCUAGGAUGAGAGACUGUGCUGUUUGAUGAGACAACCAUGUCCUCACACAGAGGAGAGUGAAAUGCAGUAGAAAUUCAAUGGAAUUUAGCAUUGGACUAGGGAAUACAUGAGUCACGAUUUAAGGAUGCAUUGUCUGUACCUGGAGAAAGUGCUAUACAACAUGUAUUUUUGAGAUAUAGGAAUUUCUUUAAUAUACUUAUUUAUGAGCAAAAAUGUAUAGUAUAAAUUCAUGUAUGUUUUUUUUAUUAGUCUUAAACACUGAACCUAUCUAUCUAUACCUGUACUUAUUUGAGUGUGUAAUGUAGGUUUUCAGCAAAGCCCAGGUGGGACUUUAGGAUGACUUGGUCUUGGUUUCAUACUUGAUUGGUUUGUGAUUUGUUAUACAGUUAUCUGAUAAAUCACACCUUUGUGGCUUAGCCUACCCUCCUGCACAAAGUUGUAGCUUUGUCAUGUUGUCUUUCUAAUUGGCAAUUUACAUAAUUGCAGAAUGUUGCCAAAUCCUUAAAGGGAUACUGUGAGAUUCUGGCAAUUGUCUACUUACCCAGAGUCAAAUGAACUCGUGGGUACCAUAUUUAUGCCUCUGCGUGCAGUAUGAAGGAAGUUAGAAGUAAUUUUGCGAGCCAAUCCUAACUAGCAUUAGCACAAUGACUGGAAGUCUAUGGGCAUCUGCUAGCUGGGUAUCUGCUUCAGGCCUGGGAAAUUCCAGUCCUCGGGGACCUGAUUGGUGUCAACACUUUUCCCCGAUCCCUAGCAAACACACCUGAUUUAAACUAAUUGGGUUUUUAACUGAAGCUCAUGAUUAGUUAACUAUUGGUGUCAGGUGUGUUAGCUGGGGCAAAAGUGUGACACCAAUCAGGCCCCUGAGGACUGGAGUUGCCCAGACCUGCUUGCUGCAGGUACCCAUACACUUCCAGUCAUUGUGCUAACACUAGUAGCGCUAGCAACUUCCUUCAAACCACACGCAGAGACAUAAAAAGGGUAUCUAUGAGAUCAUCUGACCCUGAGGAAGUAGAUAAAGGUCUUCAUUGCCAAAAUCCCAAAGUAUUCCUUUAAGAGAAACCAAAGUGAAUUUGAAAAUAUGGUCACCAGUCUACAGUACCAUUAAGUAUGAUAUUAGUUGUGAUUUGGAUUAUCUUGUGCUUCAUUGAGGCUUUAAUAUUUGCCAUUUACCGUUUUGAACUAUUGUGACCCAUGGAUAAUAAAUUCUUCCCAUUUGAGAUAUUAAUUCAGGGCAGAUAAAACUUUCAAA